AUGCAUGGAGGGGAGGAGGAGAAGAGGGAAGAGGAUCGUUGGGUGGACUUGGAGUUGGUCAUUAAAAAGGAUUUUGGUAAAGGAGACUACGUGCUGUUUAAAAAAAAGGAAGCCGUGGCCGUUGAAAUUAAGAAAGAAAUCAUAGAUAAACAUGAGCGUGGUGUAAGAGUGACAGAACUGGCGAAGACUUACGGCCGUUCGACAUCGACGAUCUGCACUAUUCUGAAGAAGAAGGAACAAAUUAAGAAACUUAAUGUGGCCAAAGGAGUUACCGUGACUUCCAAGCACCGUCCAAAACUCCUAGAAGAUGUUGAGAAGCUGUUGUUGGUAUGGAUUAACGAGAGGCAGUUAAAAGGCGAUUCGGUGUCGGAAGCUAUCACUUGCGCUAAGGCUAAGACGCUGUACUUGGACCUUCUCCAAAAAACACCAGGUACGUCGGCUGAAGAUGAGGAGGCAUUUAAGGCAAGCCAUGGAUGGUUUGCAAAAUUUAAAAAGAGAACCGGUAUUCACAGUGUUGUGCGACAUGGGGAGGCUGCCAGCUCUGAUACAGCUGCUGCUGAUAAAUUUGGGCAAGAGUUCCAACAAUUUAUUACUAGUGAGGGGUUUAUUCCCCAGCAAGUGUUUAAUUGUGAUGAAACAGGUCUUUUUUGGAAGAAAAUGCCUAAGAGGACCUACAUCACGCAAGAGGAGAAAUAUUUGCCUGGCCACAAGCCAAUGAAAGAUAGGCUUACCCUCUUGUUCUGCGCCAACGCAAGUGGAGACUGUAAAAUCAAGCCGUUGCUCGUCUACCACUCAGAAAAUCCACGAGUUUUCAAGAGGGGGAAGGUGCAGAAAAAACAACUGAAUGUGAUGUGGCGGGCCAACAGCAAAGCCUGGGUAACACGGCAAUUUUUCAUUGAGUGGGUCAAUGAAGUUUUUGGCCCCUCAGUGAAGAAAUAUCUUCAAGAAAAAAAGUUGCCACUCAAGGUUUUGCUCAUCCUGGAUAAUGCUACUGCACAUCCUCCAGGGCUUGAAGAUGAUUUGCUGGAGGAAUUUCAGUUCAUCAAAGUCAAGUUUCUUCCUCCCAACACCACUCCACUUCUCCAGCCCAUGGACCAGCAAGUAAUUUCCAACUUUAAAAAGCUGUACACGAAGGCCUUGUUUCAAAGGUGUUUUGAAGUGACCGAAAAUACAAGCCUGACCCUCAGAGAAUUUUGGAAGGAUCACUUCAACAUCUUAAAUUGUUUAAACCUUAUUGAUAAGGCCUGGGAAGAAGUCUCAGUGAGGACCCUGAAUUCGGCAUGGAAAAAACUGUGGCCUCAGAGUGUUCCUGACUUUGGUUUCGAUCCUCAACCUGUGGACAAAACAGUGCAGCUAGUCAAAGAAAUUGUAUCUCUGGGGAAAAGUAUGGGUCUGGAUGUGGAUGGUGCUGAUCUGGAUGAGUUAGUGGAGGAGCAUAGUGAAGAACUUACGACGGAUGAACUUAAGGAACUUCACAAGGAGCAGCAGCAAGAGGUGGUAGAAGAGCUUUCAUUAGGGGAGGAGGGAGCAGGGGAUGAGACCCUCUCUUCCAGUAAGAUUAAAGAAGUGUUAGCAAAGUGGGAAGAAGUAAAAACUUUCUUUGAAGAAAAUCACCCUAAUAAAGCAGUGUGUGGGCGCACCAUGAACUUGUGUAAUGACAAUGUAGUGUCGCAUUUUAGGGGCAUCUUAAAAAGAAGACAGAAGCAAGUGUCAUUAGAUAAGUUUUUGGUAAAGCAACCUGCAACUAAAAGAAAGUCAAGUGAUUCUGACCCAGAACCUGCUUCCAGUGGGUCUGCUCAGCACAAGGAGAUGUCCUCCGACAGGCACCAUCAUCCUUUUAACCAGCUAGUGACCCUUGCCUCCAUUCUUCGGCCUUCAGUGGGACCCCGUGAGUCCUGCUCCAUUCCCCCACCACCGUUCCCAACCAUUUGCGGGAGCUCCUACUCCUUGGGUGCUUAG